GUGGCCGCAAUUAAAUCAUCCCUUUCUGCUCCACGGCCAGCACAGGUGUACCUGUAUGCGCUGUCCCCCGAGCGAAAAACUUAUCCUUUUUUCUUCCAAAUCCACAGGUUUCCGUCCAUGGAGCAUGUGGUGGCAACAGUAUAAAUCCAAGGCCAGCUAGACAUCCUAGUCACCUUCAACCUCUAGCCAAACAAUCCGAGUCAAUACCACUACAGCGCUAUACCAAAAGGUUCCGUGUCACACGUAGCAGAUCGAGACAGCCGCCGCAGCUAGCUAGCCAGCCAUGGACGCCGCCGAGGAGCCGCUCCUGGCCGCAGCCUCCACCAAGCCCGAUGGCGCUCCGCCGCCGCGAAACAAGUAUCCCUUCUUCUGCGCCGUGCUCGCCUCCAUGACCUCCGUCCUCACGGGCUACAACGUUGCGGUGAUGAGCGGGGCGCAGAUCUUCAUCGCGGAGGACCUGGGCGUGAGCGACACGCAGAUCGAGCUCCUCUCCGGCGCCAUCAACAUCUACUCGCUCGUCGGCGCGCUGCUGGCCGGUUGGACCUCGGACCGCCUGGGCCGCCGCCUCACCAUCGUGCUCACCAACGCCUUCUUCCUCCUCGGCCCGCUCACCAUGUCCCUCGCCGCCGGCUACCCGGCCCUCAUGGCGGGGCGCUUCGUGUCCGGCGUCGGCGUCGGCUACGCGCUCGUCAUCGCCCCCGUCUACGCCGCCGAGAUCUCCCCGGCUUCCUCCCGCGGCCUCCUCACCUCCCUCCCCGAGAUUUUUAUUAAUACAGGGGUGAUGCUGAGCUACGUGUCCAAUUUGGUCUUCUCGGGCUUGCCGGCGCACCUGUCAUGGCGGCUGAUGUUCGCGGCGGGGGUGGUGCCGACGGUGUUCCUGGCGGCGGGGGUGCUGACGAUGCCGGAGUCGCCGCGGUGGCUGGCGAUGAAGGGCCGGACGGAGGAGGCCCGGGCCGUGCUGGGCCGGACCUCGGACACGCCCGCCGAGGCCCAGCAGCGGCUGCUCGAGAUCCAGGAAGUCCUCAUCGUCUCCGUCCCCGGCUCCGGCAACGGCAACGGCAACAACAGCGCGUGGAAGGAGGCGGCGAGCAAGGCCGGCGUGCGGCGCGUGCUGGCCACGGUGCUGGCGCUGCAGUUCUUCCAGCAGGCGUCGGGGAUCGACUCCGUCGUGCUCUACGGUCCCCGGGUGCUCGCCAUGGCCGGCGUCACCUCCAACGCGCUCCUGCUGGGCCUCAACGUGCUCUUCGGCGUCGCCAAGGCCGGCUCGAUCCUGAUCGCCAUGGCGCUCGCCGACCGCGUGGGCCGGCGCCCUCUGCUGCUCGUGAGCACGGGCGGCAUGACGCUCUCGCUGCUCGUGCUCGGCUCCGUCUUCGCGGCGUUCGCCGGCGUCAAGGACGACGCCGCCGUGGCCGCGGUCGCCGUGGUCGCCGUAGUGGCGUUCGUGUGCACCUUCUCCGUCGGGCUCGGGCCGCUGGCGUGGGUGUACAGCUCCGAGAUCCUGCCGCUGCGGCUGCGCGGGCAGGGCGCCGGGCUCGGCACCGCCAUGAACCGCGUCGUGAGCGGCUUGGUUACCAUGACAUUCAUCUCGCUCUACGGGGCAAUCACCAUGGCCGGCACGUUCUACCUCUACGGCGCCGUCGCGGCGGCCUCUUUCGUGUUCAUCUACACAUGCUUGCCAGAGACCAGGGGCCGGAACCUCGAGGACAUGGAGCAGCUCUUCCGCACAAAGUGAUCAUCAAUCGUAUCCAACCAAUUCCAUCAUAUUUUUGGCACUGCCAAUGAAGUUGUUGGUAACUUGGUAUACAUUAUACAGUAGUACAAGAUUGUCGGAAUUUGAUUUUUUUCUGGACAAUAUCAUCAAAAAGAUUUGGAAUAGUAGGAAAAUUCUGAAUCACAUUUGGGCAUCCGGACAAAUUUUGAAUGACAAACAUGUAAUUCUCUCCAUC